CAUGCGCAGUGACAUCGUUUCACGUUGCUGAAGUAAAUAAACUCGUAAAAUGAGUUUUCCUGACUUAUUUAAACAGUUAGCAAUUGAUAUGUUUAGCAAAAUCCUAGUACAAUAUCCUAAUUAUGCCCAGGUCUCGAAUCAAUAGAGCAUUUAGCCCGCUGAAAAACGUAUCGAGCGAAAAAUCUGUUGAAGAAGAAAGGAGGAAAAUUUUCGAAAAUGUCAAAGAAGCGCUUGUCGAUUGUGAUAAUCAAGUUAUCGGAUUGGUUCUUGAUGAAUGCAAUUGGAAUGGAGAUGAGGCCGUUGAUCGCUUGUUAUUGAUUAAUGAAAGCAAAGAAGAGCAGAAAAAAUACAAAAGUAAACUUCAGCAUAUUGCAGAAGGGAUAUUUGGCACCUUAAAAUCUCAGAAUUAUGCAUCUGCUGCAUUAAACCAACCAACAGAUUAUAACAGCUCAAGUCCCUUAUCACAGUCUCAGAAGGUUAUUCAGCGACCUACUAAGACUGGCAGUGCAGACCAAUCUGUUGGAGUGGGAAGUAGCCCGAACCUUUUGCCUGCAGGUACCAGAGGAAAUGUUCCAAUAGAAGAUGAUGCCCACUUUCCACGGUUGCCUUCAAAGCCUUCAGAAAGGAGAAAUACUCCCUCACCCCAUUCACAAAAAUCACAUAGUGAGCAGGUUAAACAGCCAGCGGCAAAUAAAGGCGCUCUACUGUCAAAUGCACAAAAUGCCUUUCAGCAGCAGUAUGAUGAUGCAGAAGGAGCACAGCGCUGGGAAGAAUGUAAACUUAAAUUCAGCAAACAGUAUCUAAAUGCAUAUUCAAAUAAAUCAGAUAACAAGAGCCAUGAGGAUUCCUCUCCAGACCUUGAAAAGCCACCAGUGUUUGGUGAUGAUCCGGCUAUUUUACAGGCUGGAGUGUCCAGGCCUCGCCCCAGCUCUGGGCGAAGCUUCCCUGUUAGACUGCUUAGUAACAGUCCAGAUGAUGAUGAUGAUGAUAGCAGUGAAGGUGGUAGGCAAUCUGGUUUAUUAGUUCAAAAUUUAGCAAAGAAAAGAGAUGCUUUAAGUGGAAGAAGUGAAAGGUUGAGAAGGUUGAACAGUGCUGACUUGGAUGAAACAGUUAUGAAAUGUAUAUAUCAAGUUCAUGGUGACCUACUAGAUGAAGAUGAAUUGUCAAUUAAACAAACACUGAGAGAUGAAAGUACUGAAAGUGCUGAAAUUUCAACAGCCAGACAGCCAAUGACUCUGCCCACUGUAGGACUACUUUCAGCAGAGGCAGCAGAGUUUGUGCCUCGUCCUCGACCAGUCACCCCUGCUUCAGCAAUAGAAUCAGUUGUCACCUCUCCAGUCACUGUAGUCAGUCAGAAGUCUCAGAACCAACCGGUCUCAGGGCCUGCUUCAAAAGUUUCAAAAUCAGUUGCAAUUGAAAUCAAACCAGUUAUCAAAAAUGUGAAGGGAACUUCUCCAACUGUUUUGAUUGGUUCCCCUAUGACUGUGAGCACACAUUGUCACAUGACCUCCCCCAUGGCUAUCAGUCCAUCCCUUAGUCCAGGGCUUAGUCCAGGGCUGAGUCCACCAAACCAUCUCAACCAAGCAUCAAGUCUAGCAGGCAGCCCCAUGUUCAUAACACCGAAAUACCAAGGACUCUUCCAGACUAUAGGGAGACCACCACCAAUGUUUCAGCAAUCCCAAGGCUAUUUAGCCAGGCCUCCUCCAAAUCCACCCCGCUUAGCGUCAGCAGGGCCACCUGCAGGUUACAGAUUUCCUGUGGGCAACCCACAAAUGGGAGCACAGGUGCAGUUUGCACCACGGAUGAUGUUCUCUGUGGCUCCACCCACACGCUACCACAUGUCAGGGGUUCCGGCUCAGUAUGUCCAUGCCAAACCAGGCCAUCUUUCUGACAACUUGGAUGAACGGGCUGCCAUUGCUACUGGUCAGCCAAUCAUGGCUACUUCAGAAAAGACAAGGAUGAAUUCCGUGGCAGGUAAGUCAAGUGGGAAGCUGCUUGGUCAAGAUGCUCUGGAGAAGAAGGUUGAGCAUGUCCGUAAGCUCCAAGAUUCUGGUCUUAAACUUCUCAUCAUUGUACGAGGCCUACCGGGAAGUGGCAAGACAACACUGGCAAGAGCAUUGAAGCUUCAGUCUGGGUCGGUGUUCUCUACGGACGACUAUUUCAUGAAGGGCCAACAGUAUGAGUACAAGCCAGAGCAGCUCACAGACGCCCACCAGUGGAACAGAGACAGGGCGAAAGAAGCCAUGAAGUUGGGACAAAGUCCUGUUGUCAUUGACAACACUAACACACAGAAAUGGGAGUUUAAGCCUUAUGUCAACAUUGCGAACAACUUCAAGUACCACAUUGAGUUGAUGGAGCCUGAUACACCAUGGAAAUUCAAGCCAAAGGAAUGUGCUAAAAGGACAGUUCAUGGAGUGCCCCUCGACCAUAUUCAAAGGAUGCUGGACCGCUAUGAACAGAACAUCAAGAUCGACAGGGUGGCUAGCAAGAAGAAAGGAGAAACAAGGAUAAGGGAGGAAAUUGUCCUGGUACCUGGCUCAGAGGAUGGCACAGAAGCUGAUACUGCUGACCAAGUACCAACACUUGAAGAAUCUACAGAACCACAAAGGUCAACAAGAGAUUUGUUAGGCAGACUAUACAGAGCAGAUGAUCUGAAAAUGAUCAAACAGAGAUCGGAAUCUGACUCUGAUAGCAUCUCUACGGAAACCAUGAGCCUCCACUCUGAGCCUUGGUCAAAUACAUCAUCUAGAAAUGCAUCCCCGAAACCAUUGCGACCAACUUUGAAAACUCCAGGAGCUUUGUUGAAGUUGGAGAAAUCAAAGCAAUUGAAGCCGACAAUUCGAACUACUGUGAAAAAGGUACAGAAGAAAGCUAUUAAAAAAAUUGAGGAGAAAUUAUCUCCAGAAACUGUCCUUGUGGUCAAUGAGCUAAUAAAUGAGCAUGCUGUUGAUAAGGUACUGUCUGUUGAUGAUGUGAAUAAACUUGAAGAGGAGCUGAAAGCAUUGCUUAGUAUUACGCUUGCAAAUGAUUCUGAAAUGACAUUAGCAGAGGAAUUAAUUGGUCUCAAACUUCAUGAUCUCAUUAACAAGAGUUUUGAAGAGGCGGAUGAGGUAGGUGUGGAAGAAAGUGAUGCAACUUAUGUCGAAGUAAGCGACAGCAUUCCAAGUGAAGCAAAUGUAGUCAAGCAAGCUGCUGUGAGCAACACUGCUGACAUUAUCUCUAAUGAGUUUGCAGGCCAAACAGAAAGUUCAUCUGAACAGGCAGUUACAGUUAAUAAUGCAAUGAGUCAAUCUGAAAGCAGGCCUUUGGCAUCUUGGAAAGAUAUAGCUGUGAAUUCUACUGGGCAAAAGUAUGACACUCCUGAAGUUUUCAUUGAAAAUGAUUUUUCAGCUGCAUAUGAUGAUGUAACUGGCGACAACUGUGAUUUGCUGAUUAACACAGAUUUAAGUUAUGAAAGAGAGUAUUGGGGCCAAGUAGUUACAAGUAGCAACAUGGAAAUAGCCGAUUCAGCAUUAUCUGGUGAGAACAUUGGCCAAUGGGAGAGCACAGAAGUGAAAGAAGAUACUUCAGAUUGGAAGUCAGAUGAACAUUUAGUAGAAAAUCAAGAAGGGGCUGGUGAGGCAAUGGCUUUAAGUGAUAAUAUUGAUGUGAAAGUGUCCAAAAAUAAGCCCCAAAGAAAGAAAAAAAGACAUUCUUCAUCAAAUUCUUCAUCUGGAUCACCGUUAUCACCUGAAACAGGGUCUCCUAAAUCAUUAGGUUCAUUGAACAAUCAGUCAUGUUCAAAUUCUAAUGGUAUUGGUUCAAUUGAUCUCAGUCAUUCUGAAACUGAUAGUCGGGCAUUAGAGACACAUAAUGAACAAUUAGUUGCAAACAAAGUUUUAUCAACUGCAAACCCAUCAAUGUCUACAGCAAGCUUAAACAGUGAUGAUAUUCAAAAUGAUAGCAUUAAUCAAAAUGUAAAUAGUGAUAUGAUGACUGUGAGUUCAGAUAUAAAAGCAGACAAUGAACAUGAACAUUCAGGGCAGACUAAAUCAAGCAUAGAAAAAACAUUUGAUACUCAGCAUUCGGGAAAAAUCAAUGUCAGUAGUUCUUUACAAUUGCUCAAAGAUUCUUAUGUAGAAAGUUCUAAUACUGAAGACCAAGCUAUGACAGAGAUAGAUUCAUCAGUUAAUCAACAUGUCGUAACUAGUGAUGUAGAUACUAACUCGAACAACUCAUGUGAUACAAAUGAUAGAAAUGUUGGUAAAAGUGAUAAUGUGGCAGUAAAAUUAAAAGAUGAUGAAGCGGAAAGUAACAAAGAAAACAUUGAAAAGCUCAGAGAAAAAUAUUUAGACAAGACUAAGGGAUCUCCGUCAUCACCGAAAGUGAAAAAACCAUCGAAACGAAGAAUUGCAGCAAAAGUGCCUUUUUUAGAUGCUCUUGAUAAAGAAAAGUUUAUUUCAACUAAUUGGAACUCAUUUCCAAUUCUUUCAGAAUCAAAAUCCCCAUUAACUAUUAAUACUGGCUCAGGCAAAUUGACCCAGUCUAUUAUAGACAAGCAAACUGAUACAGAGAGGGAAUUGUUUAACAUCUUAGAUGAUGUAAACAGUGGCAGAUUUGUUGAUAGUUCGAUUCAAUAUCUAACUGGUAAUGCGAGGAAAGUUAUACCUGUAAAGGAAACAAAUGGAUAUUUUGGUAAUGGGCCGGUAAGUGAAGAGGUAGCAAAUGUUCACAUGGUACACAAGAGCACAUCUACAACUGAUCUAUCACCAAUAUCAGAUCAAGAAGGUGUUGAGUUUUUACAGACAAGCUUUCCUGAAUUUACAGCUGAAGAACUUGAGUGUGUUUUGGAAACUUGUGACCGACAUGUAGAAUGGGCGAUUAACUUACUGUUAGACUGGAAUUACAGUCUUAAGUUUUCUGACGAAGAAAAGAAAAGGUUUACAGAUGGUAUGGCUAAGGUACAGAGAUGCGUUAGUCCUGAUCUGGUGUCAGCUGUGAGCCUCGAGGCCCCCGAGAGUGCCCCACCCUCCCUGCAAGAUCUGUGUUUCAACUUUGUGGAAGAUAAGCAUAUUGCCACUCGAGAAGAGCUGGAAAAUCAGAUGAUUCAAACUGGAAAACAUCGCUUGGAAAGUAUAGAGGAUGAUUUUGUCACAAGGAUUCGGCUGAACAGAUCAACUAGUUUGACAGAAUCAUCAGCGUUUGAUACAACAACGAGUACGGAUGCCAAUCUAUCAUUGUUAAGAUCAUUAAGUUCUCCAAGUCAGAUUAAUGAUUCUUAUGUUGGACAUGAGAAGGAAAAUGUUAAAAGGAAAGAGCUAGCUAGUGGAUCAAAGUCAGAUUUUAGUAUGUUUAAAUAUGAGUAUUCUGAAAUGGAGAGAAAUGACGUGGAAGUUGAACAACUGGAAGAAGACGAGCCGGAUACAUCUGAAAACAUUGUUGAAGUGCUUGCCGAUGAUGUUGAUGCAAGUAGAGGCAAACCUAUUGAACUCAAGCUGGACUUGACUGCAAUCAAACAACUGGAAGAGGCCUUUGGCAAGAUUGAUGGCAGAAAUGCAGAAUGUGGAGAUGUAUCAGUGUGGCUUGAUCAUGGCAUGGCCUUGCGGAUCUACGAGGGGGUGAAGCACAGGCUUGCCACUCAGUCCAUCAUACAGACAAAACAGCAGCUGCUUCGGGAUGAGGAAUAUGCUAAGCAACUACAUCAAGAGGAAACAGACAGACAAACAACAACUAGAGGUCGUCUGAGGAGGGUUGAUCUGCCAAGCACCCGACCCCAUCGUCCAACCCCCCUGGUUGGUGUGUCCGUCCAGGGAACCGUUCCCAAGCGGAUGUGGGCCAACAGAACAGGGAACCAUUCUCUGGUGGAGAUCAUGAAGGAGGAAGAACAGAAACAGGAGGAACAGCAGAAGUUUGAUGAGUUGAUACGUGAGGAGGGAGCAGACAGCAACAUUGCCACCAAGCUUAAGCGAGAAAGACUGUACCAGACCUUCCCGUCCAUAGACACAAACUUCCUCGAUGAUGUCUUUAAAGUUCACUGUUUUAAUCUGAGCGAGACAAUCAACUCUGUAAAGACGACGACAGGAGAAACAUACUCCCCGAAGGCCAGCGGACCUGCAGACUGGGAGGGUGAACAGCAGCUCAUAGAGGCCACAAAACAACAGAGCAUGCAGGAAUUGUUGGACUCGUACAUCUACCAUCCGCCCUUACCCAGAGGUCGUGAUUUCCAGGAUGGGCAAGAACCAGAGUAUGAGGAUUUCCGAGGAGAGGCAAACCUUCACUACCGACUACGCCACGAGUGCUUUCAGAAGGCACGGGAGGCUCACAGCCGUGGCCUGAAACAAGUUGCUUCCUUCUACUCCCAACAGGGCCACCAACACACCCAGAAGAUCAAGGAAGCAAACAUGAGGGCUUCAGAACACAUCCUUGAGGAAAGGAAUGCUGACCUGGAGCGAAACAUGACGUUGGACCUGCACGGUCUGCACAUAGAUGAGUCCAUUGCUGCACUGGAACGCAUCCUACCACAGAAAGAAAAGGACUGUGAUUACGAUGUAGACUGUGAAUCUGAUGACCAUGAACGAUGUCGUCAGCUGGUAAUCAUUACGGGUCGUGGGUCGCACAGUCGAGGUGGAGUGGCGCGGUUGAGACCAGCUGUCAUACAGUACCUCAAACAACACAGAUAUAACUAUUCAGAGGAACAAGUUGGUGUUUUGAAAGUGUCGCUGAAAAACAGGUCCUAGAUUUCCAUGACAACCACUGGUAUCCAUGGAAACCAUACAAGUCACAUGACGUCAGGAUUUUCAUGAUGAAAACAUGGAAUAAUGUCUGUUUAAGAAUAGUUUUGAUUAGUUUUAGAUUUACCUCCCUUCUGUAAUGAGACGGGUGAAUAUGACAGAGUUUUAAGUGACAAAACAUUUUUGGCUUUCAAUCCUCUAAUGUCUUAUUCCAUCAUUUUGAUAAAUUGUGUAUAUUUCCUACAUAAUGAGGUUUGGUUCUAUUGUAAAUAUAGCUAAUGGCUGCUGCGUCCUUUAAGAUGGUUAAAUAUUUAGACUUGAUGCAUGUAUAAUCACAUUUUUGAUGGACCAGUAUCAGUAAUUCUGUUUAUUAUUAACACAUGUUUUAAUAUACACUUGUUAUUUUGCCUAUUGGCAUUACUUUUGUUGAUAUGUGUAUUUUAAAAUCAUAACUAUUUAGGUUUUGAACCUGUUUUAGGCAUUGCUUUGUUUAUGUACUGUGUUGUAGAUAUGUAAGUCUGUUUUAAUUUGACACUAAUGUACCCAAUAAUGAAAUGCUAACGGUUCAUUUUAUGCCACAUCUGUAUUACAUUGUAGGCAGUAUGUUUGUAAAUCAUUAUCAUGAAUAUUGUGUUUUAUUGGGGUUGUUGUUGUGUACUUGAAAAUGUUUGUAUUUCAUCAUAAUUUAUAUAUUUAAAGCUUGUAAGAUUAAUUUAACAAUUUAAUUCAUUGGUUUAGAAUUUAAAAAUUCUAUGAAAUUUCUCAUCAAUAUUUAAUUGUUUUUCAAGAUAAAUACAUAUUGUGCUUAACUAAUUAAUUUUUGAAAACAUUGUUGCAGUGUUAAGUUAGAGUACAGCCCCUUUACAAGAUGAAGUGUGGAGGUGUGUUGGAGUUAUCUCCCUUGAAUAUUAAAAUUAAGAGGUGAUCUUGCAUUCAUUCACUGUCAUUGAUGUACAUAUACACAAGCUGCAUUAUGCAUGAACUUUCACAUGCAUUAUGCAUACAGGACCACAUAGUAGUGCAUUCAUUAUGUCGCUGUAUACAAUUCCAACACUUGCAAUAUAAUCAUUGAUAGAUUAUGUUUACUGUUAUGAAAAUGGAUGUCCAAGAAAUAGCUAUGUUAAAAAUAUGAUGUAAAAUCUUAUUGAUUAAGAAGGGCAAAAGGAGCGAUUUUGCAUAAUAUGUUCUAACUGACUUAGACAAUAGAAUGUUUUCAGUAGGCAGGGAACUAAAUAAUGUCAUCAUCAUGUCUGUUAAGUAGUGAAUCUGUAAGCCUGGUUCUUGUUAUUCUUAGAUCACUCACCUGUGGAAAAAAAGACAAUAUUGAAGGUUAUUGAAAAGUAUUUUAUUGAAAUAUGUGAUUCAAAAAUACAUUGGCUGAAAAUGAAGGUUAUUACCAUAUCCAAAUUACAUUAGAAUUCCCUCAUGAAAAACAUUGGAUUGGAAGACUGAUAUAUGCUUCUGGGCAGUGUUCUUUGUGCAUUUGCAUGGCAUGUGCAAGAUUGGCCCAUUAGAGAUGUUAAAGCUGGACUGUACAUAUAAAAAUGGGUUAAUGUUGUUUUAAGCAGUUAAGUUUAAAUUAUAUCGCAGUAAAGUGCCAUUAGUGAAGUACCAAAGUGGAAUUGUCACAUAUGUAAAUAGCUUCACUUAGAAAUAUGUAGAAAGUAUCACCUUGGUUUUAUUAUACUGUAAAUUUUAACUGAAGUGAUAUAUAUUUGUAUUUCAUUCAUUUUGUCAUGUUUCAAUGCCUUUUGUCUAGAUCUGUGUAUAUAUGUACUGUAUGAAGUCAUACUGUCAAGUUCAUUGAAAUGAAUUUAAAAAUAGAAAGCAUCAAUUCUAUUUGUCCAAUUUCAAAAUUAGUUUUGAUAAUUUAUAUGCUUGGUGUAAUAAUGCUAUUGUAAGAAUAAAAAAGACAUCUUAUGAUCUAAAAUUUAUCAGGAAAUGCUAAGUAACAGUUAAUUUUCAAGUAGCUAAUUUUUAGGAUCUCAAAACUGGUUUUUACUCUAAUCAAGACCAUCAUUUUGAGUAUUAAUAUCCAAUUCAGCCAUUCAUCUCUCGGGAGGGGCCCAACAAUAUGAGAGGUCUGAGGCUGACCAUUAGACACACACUAAGGAAAAAUGAAAUUUCAAAAAGUUCAAAAACAAUUUAUGCAUUUUUUUGGUAACAUAAAUUGUGUCAAUAGUUAUGGAAAUUUGUGAAAGGUGAUAGAUUAGUACUUUAAUAUUUUGCUAAAUGGAAUUUUACAACAAAUUAGUUUCUGUUUGAGUCUAGGUUUUGUUAAUUAAAUAUGGGUCCGGACCCUGCUUCAUCUGUGAUACAACUGUGGCUUUUGAAUGAAAUGACCUGGCUUGUAUUUUUUUAUUAUUUUAAAUUAAUAAUACAAUGAAAUAUAACACUCAGUAUUGGAAAUAUUGUUAAAUUGGAAAUAUUGUUAAAUGUGUCUUAAUUUUAUAUGGUGCCUUCAAGCUGGCAAAACAAUGAAUAACAUCUGAUGCAAUAAUUAUUGUUAUUAUACCAGUUUGUAAUAAUAAAAAAGCAAAUAAAAACGUUGUUGUGUUUUUAAAGAAUGUUUUGACUGUUGUAAGUUUUGCAUAUGAUUUAUAUGGUUUGAUGUAGAUCGUCAUCUUUAUUGUUGUCCUAUGCAGUGAGUUUAAGUAUUUUUUUUUGUGACUUUUGUGUGAUUUGUGUACAAUCUUAAAUUGGUUGAAAUUAAUUGAAUACAUGAAUAUGUUUUGUGUUAAAUGGAGCUUAAGUGUGACUUACGUCAAAUCUAAGGAAAGAGGAUAGGAAUGUGUUUUUUCUUAAAGCUGCACUCUCACAGAUUAAACUUUUUGACAACUUUUUAUUUUUUGUCUUUGUACGAGCAAAUUUUUGCGAAAAUCCAAGGAAACCAGCUAAAUUAGACUGCUGACAAAAAAAAAAUCGCAGAUUUUUAUAUUUUAUUUCAAAAAUUUAUGUUUUAUGCAUUUUUCUUAAACCGUUUGUAUCGGUUUAAGCAUAAAACAUAAAUUUUCGAACGGAAAUAUGAAAAUCUAAGAUCUAAUUUUUUGUCAGCAAUAUUAUAUCAUUUGUUUGCAGAUAUUUACUUAAAAAUUUGCUCUUUCCAAGACAAAAAAAUUAAAAAGUGGUAAAAAAGGUAUAUCUGUGAGAGUGCAGCUUUAAUUGUUGAAUUAAAAAGUUUGUAUUUUUGCCUGUUAUACAUUCAUUAUUAGCUUUGUUAAAGAAACUACCAUUUACUCUAAUUUCAAUUGAAAACGAAUCAAGUUCAAUGGUUAUAUGUUUUUCUGUGUGGAUUGGUUUGAUUCAACAUUUAUUUCCCUAGUCUGACAUCAAGGUAUUUUGUAUUGAAAAUGUUGUUUUUAUGUGGUAUAUAUGCGAGCCUCAGGCAAAGUCAUUCUGUUUGCGAAGUAUUCAUCUUCUAAGUUAAAUUACUUCUAUUUGACUUACGGAUGAAAACCAAAUUACUAACAUAAUAAAAAUAUCAAUUUAUUGCAUUGUUUUAAUAGUCCUUUAUUUUGCCUUAGGUAUAGAAGCUUAUAUAUUUUCUGUUCAAUAAUAAUUUAGUGCUAGCAUACUUAUUAGUUUUUACACAUUUAUACACACAACUAUUAUUAAGCAAUAUAACCACAAUGAAUUUUACUAUGUUAACUUGGAAGUAUUACCCAUGAUUUAGUUGCCACAUUAGAUGUGUAAUAAUGUCGUGUGCAUUUUUAAACGGAUAUAUUUUUACCCUGUAAAUAACUAUAAUAUAUAAAUGUGUGUGCAUUUUUUAUAUGAAAAGAAAAAAAAUUAUAUGGUGUACAUAAUGCAUAGAACUUUGUCAUGUAUAAGAUAGAUAUUAUAUUUUGUCAUAAUAAAUUGUCUUUUGACAUUAUG